AUGAUUGGCUUCUGUAUCCAGGGCUCGACGCCAUCGUUGCACGCGUGGGCCGACUUGAACGAGCCCACUGUGUUCUCCGGGCCCGAGUUGACGUUGCCUAAGGCUGCGGUGCAAUAUGGGGGCUGGGAACACCGGGAGUCGCACAACCUGUACGGCUUUUACCAGCAAAUGGCGGCGGCGGACGGCCUUGUUACGCGCUCCGGUGGCUCCGAGAGACCUUUCGUCCUGUCCCGCGCCUUCUUCGCCGGGACCCAGAGGCUAGGAGCGGUGUGGACUGGCGACAACCUCUCCACUUGGGAGUAUCUGAAGAUCUCCAUCCCAACGUGUCUGUCCAUGUGUGUAACGGACAUCUCGUUUUGCGGAGCCGACAUUGGCGGGUUCGUUCCGAAGCCGAGCCCUGAGUUGCUGGUCCGCUGGUACCAAGCCGCCUGCCUGCAGCCGUUCUUCCGAGGUCACUCUUCGAUGAACACGGAGCGCCGGGAGCCCUGGCUUUUCAAGGAAGAGGUGACCGACGCCAUCCGAAGCGUCAUUGUAGAGAGGUACCGCUUGCUGCCAUACUGGUACACUCUCUUCUACCAGGCUCACACCGACGGCCUUCCUGUGCUCAGGCCUCUGUGGAUGGAAUUCCCUCAGGAGCAGAGCAUCUUCAUCGUGGCUCACCAGUACAUGCUCGGAGAAGCGCUGAUGGCGUGUCCCGUCACGGAAUCGGGCGUGACAGAACUUGAGGUCCUGUUUCCCGGAGCGGAGCAGCUUUGGUAUGACGUCAAAUCAGCAGAGGUUCACCAAGGAGGCGGAACUCUGAGGUUUCCGGUAACCUUGGAAACGCCCGGCGAAGUGGGAAACUACAAGUGCGGCGCAGCGGUGCGCUCGGUGGACAUCUUGGGGGUGCGGGCGGAGCCGUCGGCGGUGCGGGUUCACGCGGCGGGGGGUGCCGAGGGUGUCUCGGUGGAGUUCGAGUAUGACCCGGAGCAACGCAAGCUGAGCGUCGGCAACUUGGAGCUCGCCGGGGACGACGACUGGGACAUCCAGAUAUGUUGACUUCCUGUCACAGCAUUCACUUGACUUUUAAGAUUUACUUGAUGAAACUAUUGUAUCAUCUGAUUGAGUUGAGUUAUACACUGCCCAAAAAACAGAUCACACACUUAAGGUGAAACUUUCCAUUUUCCUUGAUUACAUGGAUAUCGUACAUGGUAUUGAUGAUCAUGUACGGUAAUUGCUGUAUCGUGAUAUUAUUGUGACGAUAUCGUGCGCUAGUUACUUACUACAGCUAAUACGUCACACAUCCGAUAUCGGUUUUGGCCGACGGCAAGUUUACGUACUGUAGAUCUCGUAAAUGGUAUUGAUUAUCGGUUUACGUUGCUGUAUCGCGAUGAUAUCGUUACUUACUUUCUGCAAUGUUUUCAGUCGUGAUGGGCCAAUACAGUAUCGAUACACCAACAUCAAAAUAGGUAUAUUUAAUAGGUUUUCCCAUCUUCGUACGUAGCUCGCUUACAAGGUUUGGUUCCAAAAUAUUGCACGGUUGCCGUAUCACGAUAUUAUCUCUAUGGUAUCGUAUUGCUGCUGACUUCCUGCAACUAAUAGGUCAUAUUAUAAUAUGGCAUAUUAUUUUUUAUUUAUUUAUUUAUUUAUUUAUUUUUUACCGUAAGUAAAUAUUUAAUUAACAUUUUCCAUAUCAUAAUGCUAUCGUAUUGCGAGGUACAGGUACUACUACUACAUGAUUUUCUACAGAGACACUAAUGGCAGGCUGAUAAGGUAUAGAUACACCGACAUCCAAGUCAAUAUAGAUUUAAAAAGAUGAACCAUCUUCAUUACGUAGAUAUCGUACGUGGUUUUGUAUUGAUUAUCCUGUAAUUGCGGUACCGUGCUAACGCGAUGAGAUAUUGUAUCACUAGCUACUUAAUGUGUUUUUCUACACUGAUAGUAGCGGUGGGAUGAUAUGGUAUCGAUACAGCAACAUCCAAUAUUGAUACUGUCCGACGUCCAAUGAAAUAUAGAUUUAAGUUAACGUUUUCUGUGCCAUAUCGUGAUAUUAUCAGCUACGAUACUGUAUCCAUUGAUUGGCCAAUUAUGGCUCUCGCCUAUUUGAUCAAUUAAAUCCAAGUGGUGAUUGUUUCGUGGACAGUGUAUUACGCCUUUAGAAAUAUAUUUGGCGUUAAAUGUAUGCGGCUGUAAAUGGGAUUAUUAAAGCUUUCUCGCAUGUCUCUUUGUGUCUUGGCGAUAUAAGAGAGGCGGAACUGUGUAAAUGGUGGAUGGACUAAACCCCCCCCACCCCCCGCCCCCCACCUCACCCCACCACCGCCCAGCGUGCCACCCUGACCGGUCGCGCACCUCGCACAUACCAAUUUACGCCACUGACCUGGCGUGGCAGUGGAGCACAUUUUGCCAGUGUCCUUAUAAAUGACCCAACUGUCCAGCCACAGCAUGUUUUGGUUGUACUAUCUGUCCCUUCAAAGACUGUCUGAUUGCGGUGUUCCAUGUACAUAACGCUCCAUGUAACGGUAAAGACACUACAUGUCACAAUCAACAGUCACCUAUAAGUUCCCUACUGUCCAGUUACAACAUUUUUUGGGGACCUGUCAAAGACUAUCUGGCGCUGGAGGACUCAAAAUGCACACAAUGCUCUCUGAAACUGGAAACAAAUGACAUUUCAUGAUUGUGACACGCC